AUGAGUAAUCACUUUGAAGAGAAGUUGCAGAGAAGGAUAUAUUUCAGCCGGCAUGAUGCAUGUCUACUACAAGUAAAAGUGUUUUGGCCUUUCAAGUUUAUCUUAAACAAUUUCAGGUUAAAGGGGAAGGUUACUAUAAUCACAGGGGUAGCAAGUGGCAUUGGAGAAGCCACUGCAAUGCUUUUUGCAGAACAUGGAGCGUUUAUUGUCAUGGCAGACACUCGUGAUGACUUGGGCAACCAAGUUGUCGCCACAAUUGGCCUUAACAAAGCUAGCUAUCGACAUUGUGAUGUUAGAGAUGAAAAGCAAGUUGCUGAAACAAUGGCCUAUGUAAUUGAGAAAUAUGGCAGCCUUGACAUCAUUUACAGCAAUGCUGCCGUCCUUGGACGUCCUAUGGAUAACAUCCUGGACAUGAACAUUGAAGACUUUGACUACACAAUGGCUGCAAAUUUGCGUGCUUCAGCGCUAGUCAUCAAGCAUGGUGCUCGAGCAAUGGUGGCCAGAAAUAUAGCUGGUUCAAUCAUAUGCAAUGGCAGUAUUGCGUCAUCUAAAGGAGGAAGUGGGCCUCCUGCUUACACCAUUUCUAAACAUGGUUUGUUAGGUCUUGUUCGAUCAGCUUCAAGUGAGCUUGGGAGAUAUGGGAUCAGAGUAAAUUGCAUUUCCCCAUUUGGAGUUGCCACAUCCUUGGCAUUAAACGAGCACAGUUUGGAUCCGAAUAGACUGCAAUCUUUGGGUUCCUCUCUAGCCAGCUUAAAAGGAGUAAAAUUGCAGCCUAAACAUGUCGCAGAGGCUGCACUUUUUCUUGCUUCCGAUGAAUCAACUCACAUAAGUGGACAUAACUUAGUCGUUGAUGGAGGAACAAGUGUUGUUAGUAACAUCAUGUCAAUCAUCACAGAUUGA